CGGCGACUGGCGGGCCAAUCCAUUGCGAUCGGUCGGCGAGCGGUAGUGCUAGUGCGUGAGUUCGUGGUUAGGCACGGCGGCGUCGGCGGUCGAUUCGUUGUGUGCCUGUGUUUUCUAAUGUGGAAGUGUAGUGAAUAAUAACACCCCAGGAAUAUACCCCAACUAUCCGUGCCCGCACUGAUGCAGUGAUUCACAAAGCCAUGGAGACACUACCGAUCUGGGUGGCCCUGGUCGCCCUGCUCCCUCCACCCCUGACCUCGGCCGGAACAGGCCUCUCCCUCAGGCGUAGCGUAGACGUCCUUCCGCACGACACCUACCCCGGAUUCAGUAUCAAGAAAUUCGACAGUGACCACUCCAUGAACUAUAGGUUGCUCGAGACCGGGUUCUCCCAGUUCUUCACGGUGCUGGAGGACGGACUGGUGAUGACCACGUCGGACUUGACCCCGCUGGUGAACCGACCCGUGAACUUGGUCGUGCUGGAAGAGACUCCGAACGCGACGGCCACGCACACGCUGCAGCUGUACGUGCUGGACAGGAGGGACAUGCUGAGGUUCCCGCAGGAGACGUACGAGGGCGCCAGGAUCGUGGAGAACGCGCCGGCGGGAACCGUCGUCUCGGGAGUCCCGACCCUGAGAGCGAUCGGGGGCGGUGCCGGAGGCUUGCCGCUCAAGUACUCCAUAGUGGGGGGCAACAUCGAAGACGCGUUCGCGCUCAAAAAAGACGACUCUAAAACUCCUGGAAACUCCGUGAACGGGGUGAAACUGGUGACGAAGAAGCCGCUGGACAGGGAAACCGUCGCCUCGUACACGCUGACUAUACAGGCUAGCGAUGGCCGGGACAUCGAUAAGGCUGUGUCUAAAGUUCUGGUCCAGGUGGAGGACGAGAACGAUAACAGUCCGGUGUUCAGCCAGAAGGUGUACAGGUUCAGUGUGGGAGGGUUGAGGAACAGAGCGGCCAACGGGACGGAGUGGAAGAGGUUCGCGGCUGUAGGGAGGGUCUCGGCGACGGACGCUGACGGCGAUCACGUCGCUUACCGUCUGGCGGUGCCCAGUGACCUGGUGGUGAUAGUGCCGCAGACCGGUGACCUCCUGCUGACCGGGGAGCCUCCCUCCUCCGCCGCACAGGAGGGCUUCGAGUGCGAGCUGACGGUGGAGGCGCACGACCUCCGCACCCCCAACAGGGUCUCCCACACGCCCGCGCAGGUCUGGCUCCAACUGAACACCUACGACGAGGACGAGCUCCAGGGGCUCGGCGACGAAUCGCCCCACAGGAUAUCUAAGCGGAGGGUCACCCGGGCGGUCAGACCCACCAAGAGGAUAGAGUUCACGGAGGCCGAUGGCGAACAGGAGGGCAGAAUCGUGUUUCAGCUGGAGAAGGAAACCGAGAGGGAGACGUUCAAGAUUCGCGACGAGAAUCCCUGGGUCACCGUGGAACCAAACGGUGCCGUCAGGGUCAAGAAGAAGUGGGACUAUGAGGAGCUCGGGCCGGAGAAGACCAUCGACUUCUGGGUCACCAUCACCAACGCUGCUUCUGGAGGAUUGAGGUAUACCGACAACCAGAGGGUGAUCAUUCACGUGAAGGAUGUCAACGAUGAGCCGCCCUACUUCAUCAACAGGCCGCUGCCCAUGCAGGCCGUGGUGCAACUCAACGCUCCUCCCAACACGCCCGUGUUCACGCUCCAGGCUCGCGAUCCCGACACCGACCACAACAUCCACUACUUCAUCGUCCGAGACAGGACCGGAGGAAGAUUUGAGGUGGAUGAGAGGUCUGGUGUGGUACGCACACGUGGCACUGACCCGUUCCAACUGGAUAUGGAGUAUGUGCUGUACGUCAAGGCUGAGGAUCAGAAUGGGCGAGUUGACGAACGACGGUACCAGUCAACACCGGAGGAGCGAUUGUCCAUUGUUGGUGGCAAGCGAGCUCCACAGUUCUACAUGCCCACGUACGAGGCAGAGAUCCCAGAGAACCAGAAAAAGGACUCUGACAUUAUCUCGGUGAAAGCGAAAUCAUUUGCGGACCGAGAAAUCAGGUACACCCUGAAGGCUCAGGGACAGGGAGCUGGCACUUUCAACAUCGGACCAACCUCAGGGAUCGUCAAGCUGGCAAAGGAGCUAGACUUUGAGGACCUCCGGCAACCUCAUGUGUACUCACUCAUUGUUACGGCUACAGAGGACUCUGGAGGCUUCUCUACAUCUGUUGAGCUGACAAUACGAGUGACAGAUGUGAAUGACAACGCUCCCAAGUUCGAGCUACCAGACUAUCAAGCCCACAACGUUGACGAGGACAUCCCUCUGGGAACUUCAAUACUGAAAGUGAAGGCGACAGAUGCAGACUCCGGAACCAACGCUGAGAUACAGUAUGAAGUCUCUGAUGAUCACUUUGCGGUAGAUUCCAACGGAAUCGUCAACAACAACAAACAGCUGGAUGCAGACAACAACAACGCUUAUUAUCAGUUUGUUGUCACUGCUAAGGACAAAGGUGAACCACCAAAGACAGGCACUGCCACAGUCAGGGUUUACACCAAAAAUAAAAACGAUGAAGAGCCCAAAUUUUCGCAACAAGUGUACACACCCAAUGUGGACGAGAACGCCGGGCCCAACACACUCGUAACAACCGUAGUGGCCUCGGAUAAAGAUGGUGACAAUGUCAGGUUUGGAUUCGUUGGCGGAGGCGUCUCGUCGGGGCAGUUUGUGAUUGAGGAGAUCACCGGAGUGAUCCGGCUGCACGGCAAGGCUAUCUCGCUGGAUCGGGACAAGUAUGAGCUGAAUGUGACGGCCAUGGAUGACGGCGCGUGUUGCGCUAACGGGGAGUCUACCAUCCACACGAGCACAGCCGUUGUUGUGGUGUUCAUCACCGACGUCAACGACAACAAACCCAUCUUCAAGGACUGUGGCACCUACUACCCCAAGGUGGAGGAGGGAGCCCAGAAUGGCAGCCCUGUCAUCAAGGUACAAGCGACUGACGAUGACAAGGGUGUCAAUGGGCAGGUGAAGUACUCGAUCGUUCAACAACCAAACCAGAAGGGCACCAAGUUCACGGUUGAUGAAGAAACGGGUGAAGUUCUGACUAACAAGGUGUUUGAUCGUGAAGGCGAUGACGGCAAGUUCGUCUCCGUUACAGUGAAGGCUACCGAUCAGGGAGAUCCUUCGCUGGAAGGUGUCUGCUCCUUCACAGUCGAGAUUACUGAUGUCAAUGACAACCCUCCUUUAUUUGACAGACAGAAAUACGUGGAGAAUGUUAAACAAGAUGCGAGUAUAGGCACAAACAUAUUGCGAGUAUCAGCUUCUGAUGAAGAUGCAGACAACAAUGGAGCGAUAGUGUACUCGCUGAGUGCUCCAUACAAUCCGCUGGAUCUUGACUAUUUCGAGAUCCAGCCGGAGUCAGGUUGGAUUGUGCUCAAGAAACCUCUGGAUCGAGAAACGUACAAGUUGGAAGCGAAGGCUGAAGAUAAGGGAUACCCUCCUUUAUCGCGAACAGUCGAAGUCCAAAUUGACGUUGUGGACCGUGCGAACAACCCGCCAGUCUGGGAUCACGUGGUCUACGGACCUAUCUACAUUAAAGAAAACAUGCCUGUUGGGGCUAGAGUAGUAUCUGUUAAGGCCAGCUCGGGUAUUGAAGGUAAUCCAAGUUUUCUAUCGACUAAUGCCGGGUUCUACAGCUCAGACCAACAAGUUCCACACGUUCUACUUGCAGCAACGAUCAGACAAUGGAUUCACAUGGGCGGACAUAAAGGUGAAUCACCCACUGGACUACGAGACCAUAAAGGAAUACAAUUUGACUAUACGUGUUGAGAACAAUGGAGCACAGCAGCUAGCCUCGGAGGCGACAGUCUACAUCAUGCUGGAGGAUGUCAAUGAUGAGAUACCAUUGUUCACGGAGCGGGAGCAGGAGACGGUGCUGGAGGGGGAGCCUAUCGGGACCAAGGUGACU